AUUUGCAUUAGUGUUUAAACCAUAGACUGUAUAUAAAAGGUUUAAACUUACAGUGACAGUUUGGCGGAAGUUGUCAUUCUCCCACAUUUUGUCCUUUCGCGGACACCGUACAUUCCCUGUCACGUGACCCCGCCCCAUUUCCUGUUGCUAUUGUAUUUCACUUCCAUGUUUUUCUCCUCCAGCGUUGACUCGUCAAAGUGUGACAGUCGCGUCGCUGCCCCACCGACUCGCAAAGUUAGUUCGACACCUUCUCCCUGCCCCCCCCCCCAACCGGGGUCCUCGUCGCCACAGCCGGCAGAGGCGUCUCAGCGCUGCGGGGGAACCAUGGCCCACUGCGCGGCUUUCCAGAGCAAGUUAACCUCGGUCAUGGAGACGCUCGCCAAGGCGGCCGUGCUGGAGAUCAGCAGACUGUGGGAGGACGGGUUCGCCCUCGUGCAGGUCGAGCUGCGCCGGAGACAGAGCGAAAUCGAAGCCCUGAACAAAAAGUUGAUGCUGAUGGAAAACGAGCGACUGACAGUGUUGACUCAGACCACAAAUAUGUCUUCCUCCUCCUCCUCCUUCUCCUCCUCCUCCUCCUCCUCAUCAUCUUCAGCAUCUUCUUCUUCCAAGAGGGAGCAGCCAAACACGCUGCUGCUGCCAACAGGUGACGGGCCUGUUGCAGAUUCGGUCCAGGCCUUGUGUUCUGAUCCGGUUGUCAGAGAGAAGGCCGACACCUCUGCUAAUCACACACCACCACCACCACCCGCUCAGACAGAAGAGAUGCAGUGUGAGCAGCACAAGCCUUACCUCUGUCAAAGGGACGACAUGGAUGACGAAGACUUAAUCGUCAAGCUGGAGGAUGAGGACGAUGUCCAGAUUGUGGAUCGGCUAGUGGACUCUGAUCACAGCGUUAACGACGGAGCGGGUCACCACGAGCGGGAUCCUAACCACCAGCCUGCCGAGGUCCUGGAAGAACAAGAGAGCCAGCAGUGGACGUCUGUGACAGUGGCAGACAGCGACUCUGCCGAGGACUCGGACUGCCUUUUUGAACCAAAGCAGCUCUCGCAAAAUCUGGACUCGGAAAUCCUACUCAUUCAAAAUGCCUUGGACAUUUUUGAUAAUUCAGCAGAGACGGCGUAUUCUGACAGGUUCGCGAUGGAUAAUGGACAAGGUGCGUCGAGCAAAUCAAGGGCUCCUUUGACUUUUAGCCAACCUCAGCUAAGUCAACCUCGAGAAGCAAUAAAUCUCCCAGAAAGGGGAGUGUCCAUCAGAUUCCUCUCAGAGAAACAACAACAACAAACUAAACACAUGUCGACUUUUAACUCUGACAGCAGGUUAUUCCUCUUAAACGACCCGGAGUUUCAUAAAACUAUGGCGAGUCGCCGCAUUAAGGAGAAAUGGUUCAUCUGCCCGUUCUGUGGCAAAAGCUUUGAUCGUAUCAGCCACCUGGAGAUUCACCAGCGGAUUCACACAGGAGAGAAACCAUACACGUGCGAUAUAUGUGGCAAGUGUUUUUCUCAGAGGAGCAACCUUCGCACUCAUCAGCGGACUCACAAAGAGACUCUAUCCCAAAAUGCAAUUUGAUUUGAUGUAUUUUGAAAAAUGAGAGAAAAGCAAGAAUGAUUUCUGUGGCAUUUACGUCUAGAUGAAUUAACAAAUUAUCUUUAUAUUUUGAUAUUACUGAGAGGUAAUGUAGCUGACUGAUAUUACUGUGCACUCACAUAGCUUCGUUAUUUUUAAACUCUUUUUUAAAUCCAGUGGGCAGGCAGAUUUUAAAAAACAGGCAGGGGUCUCCAGCUUAGAAGUUUGACUUCUAGAAGGUCCAGUGUGUAGGAUUUCAGGGGCUCUAUCUGCAGAAAUAUAUAUAUAUAUAUAUGAGGUUUGCCUUAGUAUAUAAGCAUCUGAAACUAUUGUUGUGUUAUGGGUAUUUGAAUUAGAUAUACAUACACAGGGAGUGGGCCUGCUGUGUUGCACUGCCAUCUUUCGUACAUCGCUGGUUGUUGAGAGGACCUUUGGCAUUUUUUUUUUUUACUUUACUUGAAGGCCACUGCAUCCUUUGAAUCCUACACACAGGCUCUCCUUUAAGGUUACAGAAAAAUGACAAUUUGUUAUUAAAUAUCUGGCUGAUUGAAAUGAGUCAUUGUGGCUCAGAAACAGCUAAUUUCCCUUUGAUUGAAUGUAAAUUUAAAUUCCAACUUGCUUAGGAGCAAGAAAACAACCAGAAAACAUUCAAAAUUGAGCAACAUGUCGUGAGAUCACAGCUUCUGUGGGGAAAAACGAUGUCAUGCUGGAUUGUCAAGAGUGGCUAAUGUUAGCAGGGCCGGCGCCGGCAGCCUUCACUGAGUUGUACACUAUUGAUAAGUUCAACCUUCUAUUAUUUCUGGUGCUGACGAGCAGAGGUAGCGUGGUUUAAUCACUUGUCGACUGAUCUUGCUCAUCCAUGGAUCAGAAGGCGUUGGACUGGUGUUGUGUUUGAUCACGUACUCUGAUCUCAUUAUAGUUUUCUCAUUCACUUUCCAUUCUCCAGUCGUCCACGCCUGGUUCACUUGGGAAACACGUGUGUUUGUUUCUUUUACACCACUUCAUUCUACUUUAACGUCUGGACGGUAAACGUGAAUCUUCAGUCGGCAGCUGUUUGUCUUAGUUUAGCGUCAAGACUAAAACAAAGAGGAAUAAGCUUGUCUCGAACUCAUCUCCUACCAACAUCUCUGAAGCCCACUACUCUUUUUAUUUACCGUACAUACACGAGAUCUUAACCCUUGGCAAGAAAGCAAAUCAACUUAUAUACCAACUAUUCCUCUGCUACGGACGUUCAGUAACAUUACUGAAGUCAUCACGCCACUCUGCGAGAAUCCAC